AUGAGGUUGUUUUUAAUCUCAGUGACAAUAUUUUGUGCCAUUAUCUCAAGCGUGAACUCUUGUUCACCAGCAGACUUGGCAGCUCUUAAAGCCUUCAAAACCGGCCUCACCGAUUCCCAUUUGGGUCUCUUCAACUCCUGGGUAGGAACCGACUGCUGCGUAAACUGGUACGGCGUCAGCUGCGACCCCGAAACUAAGCGAGUCGUCGACAUUAACCUCCGAGGCGAGUCGGAGGACCCGAUACUCACCAAAUCGGGUCAGUCCGGGUUCAUGUCCGGCUCCAUCUCGCCCGAAAUUUGCAAACUUGACCGCCUCACCACCCUCAUUGUCGCAGACUGGAAGGGAAUCACCGGCGAGAUCCCCAAAUGCCUCACUUCACUCUCCAAUCUCCGAGUCCUCGACCUUAUCGGAAACAAGAUUUCUGGCGAUAUUCCGGCCGAUAUUGGAAACCUCAAGAUGCUCGCCGUCCUCAAUCUGGCCGACAACCAGAUAUCCGGCAAGAUUCCGGCUAGCAUAGUAAGCAUGUCCGGGUUAAUGCACCUGGACGUCAGCAACAACCAAAUCUCGGGCGAAAUGCCGGCCGAUUUCGGGAAACUCAAGAUGCUGAGCCGGGCUUUGCUGAACCGGAACCAGCUCACCGGGUCCAUCCCUGUUUCCGUCGGCAACAUGAACCGGUUAGCCGACUUGGACCUGUCCAGGAACCGGAUCUCGGGUAGUGUACCGGACUGUCUCGGAAAAAUGCAGGUUCUUUCGACGCUGAAUUUGGACGGGAACUUAAUUUCGGGUCAAUUGCCUUCCACCCUUUUGAGCAACCGGGGUUUGGGCAUCUUGAACUUGAGCCGAAACAGCAUUGGAGGUAACAUACCGGACGUUUUCCCACGGAAAUUCGUAUUUCAUGGCGCUGGAUUUGUCGUACAACAACUUGAAGGGCCCGAUACCCGGUUCGCUAUCGGCGGCCAAAUAUAUCGGGCACCUGGAUCUGAGCCACAACCACUUGUGUGGGACCAUUCCGGUGGGCAACCCAUUCGAUCACCUCGAAGCGUCGUCGUUUGCCAACAAUGA